AUGAACCAUGCCGAAGCUGUCCACGAUGAAAAGAUACUAGUAGGGGCAUUUGCCUACGAAGCAGCAGCCCGCGGGGAGCUGUGGGGCUUGCGAGAGGGUGACUUCUCAAAGGCGAGGAAGAGGCUGGAACCAAAGCCUCUGUCCAUCGAGAGGACUAAAGGCUCGGAGAUCUUAUUUGGGAUCGCACCGUGUGCCCUGGCCCUCUCUCAGUCAAGGAGGGACCUGUUCAGGUUGUUCCUCAAGCAGAGCAGCGGCUCCCGGCAGCUUGUUACGAGUGAGUUUGUCCUUCAGGCCACGGCCCGGGGAGUCCCUGUGCACCACGUCAAAAGGAGAGAGCUGGAUGCUCUUUGCAGAGGUCGGGUCCACCAGGGAGUUUGUUUGGAGGCCACUCCUCUCCGCUUCAAGAGUUUGGAGGAAGCUGAAAAGCCCAACUCGGGGGAUGAAGAGAAUCCGAACCGACAGCUGAUUUGGCUGGUGUUGGAGCAGAUCCAGGAUCCCAUGAACCUGGGGGCACUGCUGCGCUCUGCGUACUUCUUGGGGGUGGACAGAGUGGUGACAAGCCAGAGGAACAGCUGCCCCUUGACUCCGACAGUGAGCAAAGCUAGCUCUGGAGCUAUGGAAGUCUUUGAUAUCUACAGCACAGAUGAUCUCCGGAGCUUUUUGAAGGCUAAAACUGCAGAAGGCUGGGAAGUUGUGGGAACGGUCAGCAAGGCUGAGGAUGCGGAAAAUGUUCCUGUCAUCAGUUGCUGGGAAUUUCGGUGGAAUAAACCCGUUAUUCUAGUAAUAGGUAGUGAAGGUGACGGACUUUCCCUAGAGACGCAGCUCUUGUGCCAUCGGAUGCUGGCCAUCCCCCCUGGCAGAGCGCUUCACCCCGGGAUCGAGUCGCUGAACGUCUCUGUUGCUACUGGUAUUCUCCUGCACUCCAUCUGCAGCCAGAAGCUGAGGCACAGUGAUUGAAUUUUUUUUUAUUUGGCGGGGAAGCUGCUCGGUGUUUCAUGGCUGUGCUUUGUUGGUGUGGAUAUGGAAGUGCUCUUCCCAGGGUCUUCACCGUCGCUGCAAGUUACAGGGAAAGCCCCACUGACCUGAGCUGCUUCUUGGCUGACGCACGAUACCACCAGAACCCUGGCUUAACGCUGAAGUCAGACACUGGCAUGUACUAGGUAACACCUCCCACUGGCAACUCGGAGGAGUGGCUGUAAGGAAGGGAGACAAAGCUAGGUUUUAAAAGCAGACAGCCAAAUUCUUCAGUUCUUGCAGUAAAAUACCCGGUGAUGGCUGCGAGCUUUGUGCUUGUUGCACGGGGGACUUUGUACAUCACUCGUGCUGUGGAGAGAAUUUGGGCUGUAGGUGGGAGAC